AUGACUGUUAGCGUCGGCCAAGAUGAGCAUAGGCGACGAUUCCAAGGGGCUCCACACUUGCCUCAGCCCAUAAGACUCAUCGCACGUAGUUUUAACCAUUUCAGGAUUGUGGAGAUGAAAGAAAGGAAUACUAAUUCCACGCUGAGACGAAUUUUAGUUAAUUGUGCUGCCCAGGCGAAAGAAUACGGUGGCUGUGUUGCCGCAAAGGUUCCGGAAAUUGAGCGUGAUAUGUGUUUGAAAGAAUUUCUUGCUCUUAAGAAUUGCAUGCAGAAUACAAGGAAAGGUGAAGGAUUUGAGUUAGGGAUGUCUAGUAAAGCAUCAAGUUCGCAGCUUAGUGUUAGUUCAAGUGGGUCUGGAGGGUUGUCACAUGUUUAUAUCCAGCACCCUCCUUUACGAAGUAAUGUUCUGGGAUCAAGGGGUUUAUUUUAUGAUGACGGGAAUAAGCUAUUGAUCUCCCCUACAUCUGAUCAGGUUUUUUCAUGGAAAACUGCUCCCUUUGAUCCUCAUGUUGCACCUACCUCUGAUUCAAUAAGUGAAGGGCCUGUCCUAUCUAUUCGGUAUUCUUUAGAUGCAAAGAUCAUAGCAGUCCAGAGAUCCAGUAAAGAGAUACAGUUUUUUCAUAGCGAAACUGGUCAAAACUUUGGAUACAAAUGUAAGCCAGAGUCAGAGAGUAUGCUAGGAUUUUUUUGGACAGAUUGUCCGCUGUGCGAUUUUGUACUAGUAAAAACCAGUGGGCUGGAUUUUCUUGCCUGUGAUGUUGAAUCAAAAUCACUUCAAUUGGUAGAGACAAAGAAAUUGAAUGUGAGCUGGUAUGUAUAUACACAUGAGAGUCGCUUGGUUCUUCUUGCUUCAGGAAUGCAAUGCAAGACCUUCAGUGGAUUUCAGCUUUCGUCUGCAGGGAUUGUUCGUCUGCCGAAGUUUGAGAUGGUAAUGGCAAAAUCUGAGGCUAACAGUAAGCCUGUCCUAGCAGUUGAAGAUGUCUGUAUUGCAACCAUCUAUGGGAGGAUAUACUGCUUGCAAAUUGAUAGAGUUGCGAUGCUACUCCACUCAUAUAGGUUUUAUCGAGAUGCUGUUGUGCAGCAGGGUUCCUUGCCAAUAUAUUCAAGCAAAAUUGCUGUUAGUGUGGUUGAUAAUGUGCUUCUUAUCCAUCAAGUGGAUGCAAAGGUUGUUAUACUAUAUGACAUAUUUGCGGAUUCUCGAGCACCCAUUUCUGCACCGCUGCCUCUACUGUUUAGGGGUUUCCCCAGGUCUAAUACUUCUUCCUCUCGAUCUACUGCAAAAGUUAGUGAAAGUCCAGAGGCCAACAUAACUGAUUCAGAAGCAAUUAUUUAUGGAGAUGAUUGGACGUUUCUGGUUCCCGACCUUAUAUGUGAUGUUUCUAACAAGUUGUUAUGGAAGAUCCAUUUAGACUUGGAGGCGAUUUCUGCAAGUAGCUCUGAAGUUCCAUCAGUGCUUGAGUUCUUGCAACGUCGGAAGUUAGAAGCUAGUAAGGCUAAGCAGCUGUGCUUGGCAAUAACACGCAAUGUUAUCUUGGAAAGGAGACCGGUGUUAACGGUUGCCAAGGCAAUAGAUGUACUGGUUAUGUCUUACUCCCAGUCACUCAAAACUGGCAGUUAUCUCAAGGGAAUAAAAGCAGAGAAAACCUCGCAUUCUGGUGGAACACAAAUUGGUAUCCCAAGAUCUGGUGCCCAUGCAUCUACAGGAGAAGUUGGUGUGCAUGGAACAUCCACCAAACACCAAUCUAGUGCCUUAGGGGACAAUGAAUCUCUGAAUAGAUCUUUACACUUUUCAACGUCAGACUCUGAGGACAAUACCCAAGUGAAAUCACUAAAUACAAACCCAAAAGUGAACAUGGAGAAAUUAUCAGGUGGUGCUGAGAGUUCUAGCACUGAAGUUCACACAUCAUCUUCACAAUCUGAGCAUCUUGGACCAAGUAACAGCCCAUUAAAUGUUAGUGUUUCUGAAAGGCAGGAGUCUCAACUUACUUCUCCAGCAAUUUCACCUGAUGAGAUGUAUAGCUUUGUGUUUGCUCCAGUUCAGGAAGAGAUAGUGGGAGACCCAUCUUACUUGGUUGCCAUCAUUGUUGAGUUCCUUCGUAGUGCAAGUUCAGAAAAGAUUAAAGUUCAACCAAACAUCUAUGUGUUGACAAUACAACUUCUAGCACACAAUGAGCGAUAUGCAGAACUUUCAUUGUUCAUCAUAAACAAGGUUCUUGAACCCUCAAAAGAAGUUGCAAUGCAGCUCCUAGAAUCAGGCCGUCAAAAUUCCCACGUUAGGAAGCUGGGUCUAGAUAUGCUGAGACAGCUCUCAUUGCAUCAUGACUACAUGUUGCAACUAGUGCAAGAUGGGUAUUAUCUUGAAGCCUUGCGUUAUGCUAGGAAGCAUAAGGUUGUGACUGUCCGGCCCUCGUUGUUUCUUGAAGCGGCUUUGGCUUCCACUGAUUCUCAACUCCUUGCUGCAGUGCUGAGAUUCUUUUCAGAUUUUACUCCAGGAUUUAAAAACACUUCCGACUGCCAUACAUACUAUCGGAUUCUCAAUGAGAUGAACUCAGGUGUAGCUGUUUGA